AUGCAUGAAAAAACACAUGUGGGUUGUCUUGACAGACCCAGAAUGCCGAUAGAUCUGUUUUAAAAUACCCACUUGUAGUCUUUACUUAGUUGUUUUAGACGCACAUGUUAUAAUUAACAGUAAAACUGAUAAAGACAUUGACUUGCAAGAUGGAAUAUUUGCCGGACUCUAACGCCAGAUAUAAAGAUGUGGACUACUGGAAUGAACGGUACCGGACAGAGGAGAGCUUCGAGUGGUUCGGGGACUUUACUAAAUUUGAACAUCUGCUCAAACAGCACGUGGGAACGGAAGAAAACAUACUGAUGCUAGGUUGUGGUAACAGUGCUUUGAGCUAUGAUAUGUACCAGGCUGGCUACUCCUCCAUUACUAAUGUGGAUUACUCCAGCGUUUGUGUGGAGAGCAUGGCGGAGAGACACAAGGACUGCGCUCAGCUCAGCUGGCUGUGUAUGGACGCCCGGCGACUGGCCUUCUCUGAUGGUGUGUUUGAUGUGGUUUUGGAGAAGGGAACUCUGGAUGCCAUGCUGGUGGAGGAGACCGACCCAUGGAAGAUCUCGGAGAACGCGGCUCGACUGCUGCAUCAAGUUCUCCUGGAGGUCAGUCGUGUUUUGAAACCCGGUGGCCGUUUCAUCUCCGUCACGUUUGCACAGCCACAUUUUCGUAAGAGACUCUAUGCUCGAGCGGAGUACGACUGGUCUAUCAAGCACUAUCACUAUGGCAGCAGCUUCCACUACUUCCUGUAUGUUCUCACCAAAGGGGAGGGGCUUAGCCCGGAGGACGCUGCGUUGGAGAGGAGACUGCUCGAGGAAGCUGAGGCUCCGCCCACCGAUGUACGAUUUCAAGAAGCGGAUUCUGAGGACUUCCUGAAUAACAUUGGAUUAUAGGGAUUUUCAAUCAAAAGACUGCUGACAGACUUUUUUAAUACAUUUAAAUGAACAGUUCACCUAAAAAAUACUUUUUUUAUCCUUCUCCCUCAUGUUGUUCCAAAUUCAUUCGAUUUUAUUUCUUCCCUGGAAAAAAAAGUUGUUGUUGUUGUAGUUUUUGGAGUUUGACAUGCCCCAUCUCCAUUCAUUUUCAUUUACAUUUGUGUUCCAGGGAAGAAAGUAAAACAUUUAGGUUUGAAACAACAUAAGGGUGAGUAAAUCAUGACAGAAAUGUAAUGUUAGGGUGACCUAUCAAUUUAUCAGUUUUCUUGACUAAAAGAGGAUUACUCAGUUUUUUUUUUACUAGCGCUAAAAUAAAACAAAACACAGUACGGUCUCCUCAGGGAUCCUAUAAACUUUUGAAAUGACAUCUUUGACUUUUCAGCCACUCUGAAACGGCUUAGAAUUGGUUCAACACUUGGACUUGGAACAGCUAUAUGCUUUUAAACAAUUUCUUUUAAAUAUAACCUUUUUACCAUGCUUUUUUA